UACUUUCUUGCUAGGUAAUCUCAUCAGUUCUCAAGGAUUCAGCUAUCUUUAUGCAAAUGAAUCCCUAGAUAUUCAAUUUAUCUGAUACCCUAUUGAACAUUUCCAUCUGACCAUCCAGAAAACAUAUCAAAAUAAACAUAUCUAAAAAGAGAGCUUAGGUUUCCCCCCAAAAUCCAUCCUCUCUACUAAAAGUUCUUAUUUUUGUUUUUCCAAGAUCCUUCCCCUUCUCUCAUACAGCCUCUGCCCUACUAGUCAGGCUUUUUUCACCUCUUAUCUGAACUUGGUGACUUUCUAGUUGACGGCUCUGCCUUCAGUAAUAAAUACUUGACAGUAAUCUCUUUUCAAUCAGUUCUCUGAGUAACUUUCAAACUGAUACUCCUAAAGCAGAUCUAAAACCAUGUCAUUCCCUUACUAAAAAAAAAAAAAAAUGGUUCCCAGUUGCCACAAAGAUAAAAUAUGAAAUCCCCAGCCUGGAAUUUAGGCCCAUAGAGUUAGAGCUGGCCAUAUAGUCUGAUAGCCUCCUCUAAGAGAUAAUUAAGACUUUCAGUGAUUAGGUAACUUAAGGUCAUAUGGCUCUUUGAGAGGUUUCAGACUCAGGUCUUCUGAAGGCCAGCUCCAGCAUUCUAUGCAUUAAACCUAGAGGAGCCUCCACAGUCUGGCUCCAGCGUACCUUUCCAGUUUUAUUCCCUCUAAUCCCUCCCCUACGCUCACUUUCCACUGUACUCUUCCCAAGACACAACAUUCCCUCCUCCCCUGCAACCCCGGGAUUUGUACCAGAUACUUUUUUUGCAUUUCAUUUCCUCUGAUUUACACCUAGUUGAAUUUUUCUUCAGAGUUCAGGUACUACCUCUUCCACUCUUUCCUUUAAAGUGCUUUUAUUUUGUAUUUUUAAUGUAUUUUGUAUUAUUUUUAUCAGUUUUUAUUUUUGAUUGAUAUUUUAUUUUAAAAAUAAUUUACUCCUUAUAUUGUUUUCCUGAAUGCACCUACUUUGUAGCUGUUGUGAUCCCCACUAGCACAAGCAGGUCAUAGUGGUUUAUUUUUACUUUUUGCAUCCUCAGAGCUUAGCAUAAGGCCUUGCACAUAGUAGGGGCUUCAUUUUUGGCUUGAAGCCUUUUCAACCUGUUCAUUCCUGAGGCCGCCAGGCCCAGAGGGUGAGGUAGGGAGUUAGAAUGAAAACGUUUCUUUGCGACCCUACGCUGCGGAGACGAGAGGCCUUCCCAGGUCCGAGGUGGUGCAGCUCAUCGGUGUCCCCAACAUCUCCGCCCCCACACCAAAGACUCACUACCAGAGACUCAGAGAGGGAGGAAGGAUUUCCUUGGUUGAGAACUUUUACUUUUCUACAGAUUUCCACCGCCUAGCCGCCAUCCGGCUGUUUCCAUAGUAACGCACCCUUCCUUCCGGUGCGCCAGCUCUUAGACGCCCCGCCCCCUACAGGUUUUGUUCCCUCCGGGAGCUCGAACCGCCGAUGGCGCUGCUUAUAAGCCCGCCCUGAUGUGCGUCGGCGUAGCGUAGCGAGGGGCUGUAGUUCCUCUGGAGCUAGCUCUGCGGAGGGCGACCUGCGUGCUGAUAGGUGGGCGUGGAAGCCCGUCCGUGCUAGGGCGGUGUUCGGCUGUGAGCCCGGAAAGACGAUGGCCAAACGCAACAGUCGGCACCUUGGCGAAAACGCGGAUUGAGCCCCUCCAGGCCGAAGCUGCCCUUAUCCUUUCAGUCCUUCCAGACCCACUGUUUCCACAUGGCCCUAAGCGCCCUGAAGGAGCUCCAGGCUGGAGACCAGGCCCCUUUACUAGUCUUUGAAGUGGGCAGGAACUCUCAGUUGGCCUCCCUGAGCUACCAGUCUCCCAUCAUGCGACGAGUCUUCAUGAGAUUCCCUGAAGUGUUGUUCAUACACCGGACCCCCAAUCCCAGGGGCAAAAUACUGUACACCUUCUUGGUGGAUGGCCCUGGGGUGCAGCCUGAGUGCAGUCUGACCAGGAUCGUGUAUUUCUCUGUCCCAGUCAAGGAGAACAUCGAGGGUUUGGUUCAGCUGUUCCAAACUUUCAAAAAGUUUAACCCUGAGUGGGAGAGAAUUUGCACCAUCCUUGUGGAUCCGUAUUUCUCUUUGUUGCCUGUUCUAGCUAUGGAAUUUCCAUCCGCAGAGAUCCUUCUGUCUGCCUUUCAUGUAUGUAAGUUUCUUCAGGGAAAAUUUUACCGCCUUGCCAUAGAGCAGUCAGUGAAGAAGCUGCUGCUCACCAACCUGCAGUACACUAUGUGUUCAGCCACAGCCAGUAACUUGAAGAAAAUGCAUACCCUCCUUAGUGACUCUGUCCCCCAAGACCUGCAGCCUGACCUUCACCUGACCUGGCUACUAGAUGACAGGAUCUGGCUGGCACACAGGUGGAGGAGCAAGGCUGAGAGUAUCUGCUACUUUCGGGACCUAGAGAUCACAACUCGGGUCAUAAGCCAAUUCUUUGGGAUCGAAUUGUCUUUGGAAAGGAGUAUCCUUUCCUUGCUAGAUUACUUGAAGCAGAAUAUAGAUAAGGAAGGAGCCUCCAACCCAGACCUGAGCACCCCAGCCAACUCUACCCCACCAGAGCCUUCUGCAGAAGUUACCAAGCUCCAAGAAGUAGAAGCCUGCAUCCAGCAUUCCUUGCAAACCAUUUGUGCUGAACCUGCUGCCCAGCUCUGCUUGGUAGAAUUUGCUGUGGUUCAGAGGUCUAUACAGUUGAUUGGUUCAAGCACAGACAAGGUGAAUGUUCAGAUCCUAGAGGACAUGCAUGAAGUACACCCUCAAGGUCCUGGCAGCUGUACCUGCCACUUCAGCCAGACAUUUGGACUGCCCUGCCGUCAUAUUCUGGCUGUCCUUAGCUCCCGACAGCAAGUGCUGCAGCCUGAAAUGCUACCUGAACAGUGGAAACCUGGCUGCAGAACACCCCCCAAUAGUGUGGCCAGCCUAGCCAAUAUCCUGGGCAGCAGGUGGAAUGUGGCCCUAGACAAGGAGCUAUUGGUCGCAUUCCUCACUGGGGAGGUGAGGCGGCUUUUACUUCAGUGCAGCCGGGAAGAGUUUGAGCGACGCUACAACACCCUCCGUGAACUGGCAGACAGCUGGAUUGGACCUUACUUUCAAGUGCAAGUGUAGGCUGUCUUCCUUUGUCCCUGCUGGAUGUACUCUGUGCCAUGACCCACCUAGCUGUCCUUCCUCAACCCAGCUAAAGGGGGUGAUGAGUAUUGCCUAGGACAGUGACAUAAUCUCCAAGCUUCAGUUUUCUCAAUUAUUACAUGGAGAUACCCGUCUUACUACCUGCCUCACAAGAUUGUUUUGAAGAAAGCAUUUUCUAAACUAUAAAGUGACACAGAAACGAGAUUUGUUUUUAACCCAAUGGGGAAAAAGGGAAGGAGUAAAGUACCCCACUACAUUCCAACUUUCUUUGCAAACAUUUUGUACUCUUAAGGAUCAGCUGACCCAAUAGAUGAGGAGAAAGGCUGAGACCAAAUAACAGGUCAGCCCAGCUGCCUAGUCAGCUGAUUCCGUCCCCCUGUGACCAAAAUAAGCAUUUUUAUAGCCUAGGUGAGGAACUUUGUUUAGUGUCUAUACUCUAUGUCUCAUUGUCCUGCUUGGUCCUUGUGAUUGAAUCUAAAUGCUGCUUAUGUCAAUACUGCUCAUUUAGAAUUUUAGCUCACCACCAUUCCUGGAAAAAGAGUAAUGUUUGCCAUCCUUAUUCUAUUCCCUGCCCACUGCUAGCAAGGGAAGUUUGUACUGAAUAAAGGCUUAUAGCAAAGCUA